AUGAGCGAUGAACUCGACGCAGGAAACGACACGGAACCAAUUACUAGAUCUUAUCUAUUUGAGAUCCAUUCGCCUUGCCAUACCUACCCUUUCGCGAAAAAUUACGCUGUAAUAUGCUCUCCUUCAACUGAACUUUCCUUAUGUGUCAAAGGACAUAACGAACUUCUGCCGCUCGUUUCACCAGUUGCACGAUUAGACGAAACAGUCACCGAUCAAUUAGUCAUAAAACAUUCAUUCUACGUGUUUCAGGCACUCCUUAUGCUACCUGUAUCAGCUGAGGCUUCUUACCCAGUAGUACCUCCUGAAGAGGACGAGCUCCGCUACAGCCCAACAUGGGAAUCCGAUGAUGAAUAUACGGAUUUUGCCUACUCGGACCUUUAUGCGAAUGGGUAUUUUACAUACUACAAUAACGGAGUGCUGAGAAGCGAAACAAUCAAUGAACAUGAGGAAUUGCCGGCGAUGGUUUGCGACCUCGAAACCGGAAAGUAA